GAAAUGGAAGGUGAGAAAGGGAGGGUGUGUGUAACAGGUGGUACAGGAUUCAUAGCCUCAUGGCUCGUCAUGAAGCUUCUUCAACAUGGUUACUCUGUUAAUGCCACCAUUCGAUCUCACCCUCAAAGCAAGAAAGACAUUAGCUACCUAACAAACCUACCGGGAGCAUCGGACAGGCUCCAAAUCUUCAAGGCAGAUCUCAGUGAGCCCCAGAGUUUUGAUGCAGCCAUUGAAGGAUGUAUUGGAGUUUUCCAUGUUGCUCAUCCCGUGGAUUUUGAAGAGGGAGAACCCCAGGAAACUGUGAUCAGAAGAUCAGUGGAAGGAACUUUAGGAAUUUUAAAGGGUUGCCUGAAGUCAAAGACAGUGAAGCGAGUUGUGUACACUUCUAGUACAGCUGCUGUCGUGUACAAUAACAAGGAUGAAGACAUAAUGGAUGAGAGUUCAUGGAGUGAUAUAGAUGUGAUCAAUUCUAUAAAGCCCUUAGGAUCGUCAUAUGUGAUUUCCAAGACAAGAAUCGAAAGGGCAGCCCUUGAAUUUGCAGAACAACAUGGAUUGGAUCUGGUGUCUUUGAUCCCUUCUUUUGUAGUUGGUCCCUUCAUUUGUCCUGGUUUUCCAGGUUCAGUCCACUUGAUACUGGCUAUGAUCUUGGGUAACCAGCACCACUAUCAAUAUCUAAAGAACACAUCAAUGGUGCAUGUAGAUGAUGUAGCCAGUGCACACAUCUUUCUUCUGGAAUACCCAGAUGCAAAAGGCAGGUAUAUUUGUUCAUCAGACAUACUAACACUUAAUGAGAUGUCUGAGCUUCUCUCUGCCAAGUACCCACAACUUCCAAUACCCACAAUAGAUUCUUUGAAGGAGAUUCAAGGUUUCAGAAUACCUGGGGCAUCAUCAAAGAAGCUUUUGGAUGCUGGGUUCAAAUACAAGUAUGGGGUGGAUGAAAUGUUUGACGAAGCAAUCCAAUGCUGCAAAGAAAAGGGUUUUCUAAAUUUCUUACCGUACAGCAUCUCUUAAUACUACUGUAUCGUGUGUAUCGAUUUAUGUUUGUAUAUGUUUUUGAACUAAAACAUUUAAAUAUGACAGAUUUCAUUCUAAAUA